AUGUUGAAGGAAUACAAGAUCGUCGUCGUCGGAGGCGGAGGUGUCGGUAAGUCCGCCCUCACCAUCCAAUUGAUCCAAUCGCACUUCGUGGACGAGUACGACCCCACAAUCGAGGACUCCUACAGAAAACACUGUACUGUCGAUAACGAACAGGUGGUUCUAGACAUCUUAGAUACCGCCGGCCAGGAGGAGUACCUGGCCAUGCGUGAGCAGUACAUGCGCACGGGUGAAGGCUUUUUGCUUGUGUAUGCCAUCAACUCCAAGAACUCGUUGGACGAGUUGCAGGUGUUCUACGAGCAGAUUCAGAGAGUCAAGGACUCGGACACCGUGCCUGUGUUGGUGGUGGGUAACAAGAGCGACUUGGAGUCGGAGAGACAGGUCUCUUACGAAGAAGGGUUGGCCUUUGCGCGCUCGUUGAACUGUCCGUUCUUGGAGACCUCUGCCAAGCAGAGAAUCAAUGUUGAGGAGGCUUUCUAUGGGUUGGUGCGCAACAUCAACCAGCAGAAUGCCAGUGCAACUGCUGCUGCCUCGGAUGCUGCUGCCGCUGAUGCCGUUGCUUAUACGUCCACCCCCGCUGCUGGCCAGGAAGCUGUAGGCGCUAACAACGAGGCCCGCGGUGCUGAAGCUGGCAAGAAGAGUGCUGCUGCCGCUGCCAACAGCCGUGCGCAGCAGAGCGCUGCGGGCAACGACAAGGAGAAGAGCGGGUGCUGUGUAAUUGUUUAG